AUGUCAAACGCGCAACCACUACCAGUUCCGUCCCAGCGAAUAGUCUCCGCGCCUACCGCUCGAUACUAUAAAACCUGCCACGCGCACCCUUUCCCCUCGCAUCGCAUCCACCUCUCUCUCAGCUCUGCAAGCUUCGUCUGCAGCAAGCACGACCAGUCGCACGCACCUAGCAGCCUACACUGUCAGUGGCCGGCUGGAGGACCACGGUGGAGGGUGCUUCUUGGCCGACGAGACGGCACGACGACCAACGUCCAGAGCGCCAGGAACCUGCCCAACUUCUUCGACCCCCUGAACGUCCUCCAGGAGAAGUUUAGAAACGUCAACCUCGACGACACUGACCUCGUCGCCCUCCAGGGUAAUCAAUCUACAUCUACUUACCAACGUAGCAACACAAACAGUUCAAACUUAGAAAUUAAAGUUCAAGACAGAGCUCACACAUUCGGCAAAGUACAGUGCCAGUUCACGCAGCAGAAUUGCACGGCCGGCCAGUCCAGCGGCGCACUGGAGAACCUCGACCAAGUCACACCCAAAGUCUUCGACAACGAGUAUUACAACAACCUCUUAGAGGGCCGCGCUCAGCUACCGUCCGACCAGGCUGGAGGACCACGGUGGAGGGUGCUUCUUGGCCGGCGAGACGGCACGACGACCAACGUCCAGAGCGCCAGGAACCUGCCCAACUUCUUCGACCCCCUGAACGUCCUCCAGGAGAAGUUUAGAAACGUCAACCUCGACGACACUGACCUCGUCGCCCUCCAAGGAGCUCACACAUUCGGCAAAGUACAGUGCCAGUUCACGCAGCAGAAUUGCACGGCCGGCCAGUCCAGCGGCGCACUGGAGAACCUCGACCAGGUCACGCCCAAGGUCUUCGACAACAAGUAUUACAACAACCUCUUAGAGGGCCGCGCUCAGCUACCGUCCGACCAGUCUCCAGUCUCCAGGCUCCAGCUAGCGAAGAGUGUAUCCGCAGCAACCGUGUGCGAAGACGAAGAAGGCUGGAGGACCACGGUGGAGGGUGCUUCUUGGCCGACGAGACGGCACGACGACCAACGUCCAGAGCGCCAGGAACCUGCCCAACUUCUUCGACCCCUGAACGUCCUCCAGGAGAAGUUUAGAAACGUCAACCUCGACGACACUGACCUCGUCGCCCUCCAGGGUAAUCAAUCUACAUCUACUUACCAACGUAGCAACACAAACAGUUCAAACUUAGAAAUUAAAGUUCAAGACAGAGCUCACACAUUCGGCAAAGUACAGUGCCAGUUCACGCAGCAGAAUUGCACGGCCGGCCAGUCCAGCGGCGCACUGGAGAACCUCGACCAAGUCACACCCAAAGUCUUCGACAACGAGUAUUACAACAACCUCUUAGAGGGCCGCGCUCAGCUACCGUCCGACCAGUUGCUCAGUCUUGUAGACUCGUACUGCUUUAAGGCCCCCUUUUACCACACAUUAUGCAAGCUAAUGCUGGAGGACCACGGUGGAGGGUGCUUCUUUGGCCGGCGAGACGGCACGACGACCAACGUCCAGAGCGCCAGGAACCUGCCCAACUUCUUCGACCCCCUGAACGUCCUCCAGGAGAAGUUUAGAAACGUCAACCUCGACGACACUGACCUCGUCGCCCUCCAAGGAGCUCACACAUUCGGCAAAGUACAGUGCCAGUUCACGCAGCAGAAUUGCACGGCCGGCCAGUCCAGCGGCGCACUGGAGAACCUCGACCAGGUCACGCCCAAGGUCUUCGACAACAAGUAUUACAACAACCUCUUAGAGGGCCGCGCUCAGCUACCGUCCGACCAGGUUAUGCUAUCGGACCCUUCUGCUGCGGCGACCACUGCUCCCAUUGUUCAUCGAUUUAUUCUUAUUUCUUGA